CGAAAGAUAAAUCUUCAAAAUGUGAGGUCCUAACUCCUGGCACGCAGCAUAAGAGAGACCAAACACCCAUUCUUCAGCUGUUGGGUAGCUGUUGUGUGCUAUUCUCUUCUCCCUAAUCAAUCACACAACUCCUCCAUCCGGAACGCCCGGCAACGCUGAGUCCGCAUUCCAUUUCCACACCGCCUUGGGUCAGUCAGUAUCCACCGAUAACUAACAAGGGCGGUCGUGUGUGCUCUCUCCUUUGACUGUGAACUUCAACUGCUGUUUAUAAGAUGCUGUUUUAUCGCGGAUUGUCUAAGAUUUCAGGAAAUUUCAGAGGCAGCGGUGGCAUCUUCAACGUCAGAAGUUUUGUUUUUACAAAGGGUUUGCCAGCAUUGCAUUGUAGUAGAUAUCAAAUCCAUCAAAAAAGCCGCUCCAUUUCUGAGGAUAAAUUUGAUCCAUUUUCCAUGGUUGCUGAUGAACUAUCAUUUGUUGCUAACAACUUGCGAGCAAUGGUAGUUGCUGAGGUUCCUAAGCUUUUCUUAAGUGCUGAAUACUUCUUCAGAGUGGGGGUUGAAGGAAAAAGAUUUCGUCCAACUGUUUUAUUGUUAAUGUCAACAGCAUUAAAACUAUCAACACCCAAACCACCUCAUCAUUUUGACCAAGGAGGCAGUGUUGCGACAGAUCUACGCACAAGACAGCAAUGCAUCGCUCAAAUAAUUGAGAUGAUCCAUGUGGCUAGUCUUCUUCAUGAUGAUAUUCUGGAUGAUGCAGACACGAGACGUGGUAUUGGUUCAUUAAAUAUUGUAAUGGGCAAUAAGUUGGCAGUGUUGACGGGGAAUUUUUUGCUCUCUAGGGCUGUUGUUGCUUUGGCUUCUUUGCAGAACACAGAGGUUGUAUCAUUGGUGGCAAGAGCUAUAGAUGAUCUUGUAACAGGAGAGAUCAUGCAAAUGAGUACGACAGCAGAUCAGCGGUAUAGUAUGGAAUAUUAUAUGCAGAAGACAUAUUACAAGACUGCAUCAUUGAUUUCAAAUAGUUGCAAGGCAGUAGCCGUCCUAGCUGGCCAAACAGCAGAAGUUGCAAUGCUUGCUUUUGACUAUGGAAAAAAUUUGGGGUUGGCAUUUCAGUUGAUAGAUGAUGUGCUUGAUUUCACAGGCACAUCGGCUUCCCUUGGAAAGGGUUCUUUGUCAGACAUUCGCCAUGGAAUUGUAACUGCUCCAAUAUUGUUUGCAAUGGAGGAGUUCCCUCAGCUGCGUGCAGUUGUUGAUAAGGGCUUUGACAACCCUGACAAUGUUGAUAUUGCUCUUGAGUAUCUUGGAAAGAGCAGAGGUAUACAAAGGACAAAAGACCUGGCUGUAAUUCAUGCUAACCUUGCAAUAGCAGCAAUUGAUUCCUUACCAGACAGUGAUGACGAGGAAGUAAAAAAUUCAAGGAGAGCCCUUGUAAAUCUUACUCAAAGAGUCAUUGUUAGUCACUAGCUUAGCUCUUUACUUGUAACUUAAGUCAUUGAUAUAAUUGAUUGGUUAGUUGUUGUAGUAAUAAGUGAAAGCCUUUUAAAGAGGUAG